UCAUUCAUCUUUCCAUUCCAUGAGGAAAAAAGACAAAUACAUGUCGAACAGAGAUGCAUAAUCGAAAGAGAGAGAGACACCUAUGCCUCCUCUCUUCGUCCAUCAAUCCAACCCACCGACCAAACCUCAUGAUCAUCACCAUCCGUCGCGUGACCCAGCUUAAUCUCAAAAACCCUCCCUCACCGACCCGACCAAACCAAAAGCGCAAAUAACCCAAUUUGUAAUCAACGCCCAGCUCUCCAGCACAGAACCACGAGACCCGACGACGCCCAGUCCUCCGCUUGCCCAGGUGCCGUCACGGUCAUAAGUGUAUGUUGAUCGCCUUCAUAUCUAGGCAUAUACAUCCACAACUGCCCCUACGUGAUUCGAUCCCGUGGACAUUCCGAAUCAAAAUGACACGCUUGCGUCUUGGAACGAUGAUUUCUAUGCGAACGCCGAUCCUGGUGAUGGGGAGUGUUCCCCUCAUGGACACAUUGCAACAGGAAACUUGCUGUGUGAUGACCUGGCCGUGCUUCGAGAGCGUCGACCGUGAAUCAGAGUCGCAGCGGGACGAGCAUGGGCCGUCUUCACGCUCCUGUGAUCCUGGCGUCGACGCCGUAGGAUUGAUUCAUGGGAGAUGGUUGAUAGAACUCACAUUUCUAUUGGAUCCCGCGACAGCAAACUCGCGCUCCGGGAGUCACAACACGGUUACGGACCCGCGUUCAGCGGUAUCUCCUAUCGCCUAUCCCUGCGAGGUCUUCGGAUGUGGAUCGAAUCUCACGAACGACCUGUCUGCCUAGGCAGUGACUUUCUCACAUCGAUGUACAGGACAUAGGAAUAGACGCAAUGACGAGCCGCCGUGCAAGACGAGUCUGAAUCCCACUUGAUGG